CCGCUGGAGGCCGGGACUAACGCUCCCACGCUUCCGCAGAAAUCGUGAACUCUUUCCCCAUCAGGAAAAGUGUCAGGCAAAGUGGUGGGAAACGACGCCGCCACUGCGCGAGCGUCAGGAGUGGAGGAGCCCUAGCCCCAGGCCCAAUCCCUCAGGAAGAGGAGGGAGGAGCACGGGAGGAGCCAUGCGCACCUAAGACCGCGGCAAGAACCCGGGCGAGAAGCCACGCGAGAUCUGGGGUCGGGAAAUCUCAUUGCGUUGCCUAGCGACGGACAGGACGCUCGCGGGCCCCCAGGCUAACCCCAGCUGUAGCCUCAAAUCUCCUACCAUGGGGGAAGAAGGCGGCGGCCGCAGCUGUGGGACCACUAGGGAGCUGCAGAAGCUGAAGCAGCAGGCGAUGGAGUACUACCGGGAGAACGACGUCCCGCGCAGGCUGGAAGAGCUGCUCAACUCCACCUUCUACCUCCAGCCUGCCGACGUCUACGGGCACCUGGCAAACUGUUUCUCUAAACUUGCAAAGCCACCCACCAUAUGCAAAGUAGUGGGGAGAAACGUAUUGGAUGGCCUGGGGCUUCCAACCCUACAAGUGGAAAUAUUCUGCACCAUUCAAAACUUCCCCAAGAACAUAUGUUCAGUGGUGAUCUCAACGCACUUUGAAGUCCAUGAGAACGCUUUACCCGAGCAGGCUGAGGCCGAGGAAGUGGAAAGGUCUGAGGCCGUCAGCACUGCUGUGCAGUGGGUCAACAAAACCAUCACGGAGGAGCUUCGGGGCAUAGCCCCCUCCAACCAGGCCGAGGUGGACCAGGUGCUCAGGACAUUCUUUGAAAGUAAAGUACAAGAAGAGAAGGAGAGAAGACAGCUGGAAAAGGGCCUGGAAGACCAAACAAUAUCCAUCCCUUCACCUCCACCUCCUCCACCCCCAGCAAGAAAAAAAGGACAAAGGCAAGGGAGGACAGAUACUCUUACAGAGAAGCCUAUCUUGCCUCCAGAACCUGUUGAACCUGUCCUCAGUGGCAGCAUGGCCAUUGGGGCAGUGUCACUAGCUGUGGCCAAAACCAGUGCCAUGCUGGACAAUAACCCCCUCUACUUAAAUAUUGCAUUACUGAAGCACCCGCAGGAGCAGCCGACAAAGCUAACUAUACCUUUGCUGAUGGUAUCUCUGGUCAGCUGUGGGAAGUCAUCGCCCGGGAAGUUGAAUUUAAUGAAAGAAGUGAUUUGUAUACCCCAUCCUGGAUUAACAGCUAAACAAGGUGUGGAGAUGCUUCUGGAAAUUCAGAAACAUAUUAACAAAACAAUUGAAAUGCCGCCUCCUCCAAAAACAGAGACAAAAAAAGGGCAUAAUGGAAACAAAAGAAGUCAACAGCCCAUCACCGGCAAGAUGUCCCAUCUUGGCUGUUUAACCAUUAAUUACGACACCAUAGAGCAGCCUCUGCUCCUCAUCGAAGGCAUCUGUGCAAACCUGGGGCUGGACCUGGGGACCAAUCUGCAUCUAGCCAUCAACUGUGCUGCACACGAGCUGAUAGAUUAUAGCAGAGGGAAGUACGAAGUGAUGACGGGAACGUACAAAAACGCAGCCGAGAUGGCGGACCUGUACGGGGAUCUGAUCAGCCGGUUCCCUUCAAUUAUCGCCUUGAUCGAUCCUUUCAGGAAGGAGGACUCUGAACAGUGGGACAGCAUCUAUAAUGCUCUUGGUUCCAGAUGUUACAUAAUUGCAGGAACUACAUCCAAAAGCAUUUCUACACUUCUAGAGAAUGGUAACAUCAGCAUCCCCAAAUCCAGCGGGCUGAUCAUCAAACACACCAAUCAAACUACGAUGUCUGACUUGGUGCAAAUAACCAAUCUUCUUGACAGUAAGAAGCACAUCGCUGUCUUUGGAAGCACAGAAGGAGAGUCUUCUGAUGACAGCCUUGUCGAUUUGGCCAUUGGACUCGGUGUCCGGUUUAUCAAGUUGGGAGGUCUUUCUCGAGGCGAACGGGUGACUAAGUACAACCGCCUUUUUACUAUAGAGGAAGAACUUGUCCAGAAGGGAGCACUGGGUUUCAACGAGGAACACACAUUUUUUUCCUUGCAUGAGGAAGCUGAAAAGGCCACCAUGGCUGGGGGGCCGCCUGAGCUCCUGGAGCCCAUCUUCCCCACAGAAGUGAUGGAGGGGUCAGCCAAAGCGUGAGCGUCUUCUGGAUGGGGCCACGGACAACCCCGACUUAUGGCCACUUGAGACCCGUACAGCUGAGGUGCAUCUCUGUGUUGGUUUUGCUCAAAAACGUCCCUAACUCAUGUGCUCCAUUUGACUCUUUGGAUUUCACUCUGGUAAAAUCGGUACAUAGCCCUUCGGCCUGAAAUCAUACCUGUAAACUGCGUCUUCCAGCCACCCAUUUCCGUGGGGAUUCUGUUUGUCUACCAGCCCUCCUGUCCACUGGGGGGCCACGACCCAGUAAAAGAGCCCAACGCUUUUGCUGUUGACUCCUCACUGAGUGCAGAUUCUAAUUCCGUGCCAGAAAGCACAGAUGCGUUUCUGUAGUAGCCACAGCCUCACACACAAGUAUGAGAGGCCACAGUCUGUGUGACCGCCAGCUUCCUCUUCCCUCCUUACCGUUAAUUCCCUUUUCCCUGAUUCCCUCCCCCAAAUUUUCAUCUUUAUUAUAUUACUUAUAUGCUUGUGCGUGUCCUUAGAUCCUCUUUGGAAAAAGAAAUCAGUAUAAAUGAACAAAACACGUUAAAUGAAUAAAUAACCUUAAGGUUC